AUGAGUCGUACAGCUAGUGCUGGUUUCGAUCGUGAUAUAACUAUAUUUUCACCAGAAGGUCGACUUUAUCAAGUUGAAUAUGCAUUUAAAGCUAUUAAUCAAGGUGGUUUAACAACAGUAGCUGUACGUGGUAUUGAUUGUGUUGUUGCAAUUGCUCAAAAAAAGAUUCCAGAUAAAUUACUCGAUCCAUCAUCAGUUAGUCAUUUACAUGCAAUAACACCAACAGUUGGAUGCCUAAUGACAGGCAUGGUUGCCGAUUCUCGAUGGCAAGUUCAACGAGCUCGAUAUGAAGCAGCAUCAUGGAAAUAUAAAUAUGGUUAUAAUAUUCCAGUUGAUGCUAUAUGUCGUCGUAUUGCUGAUAUUUCACAAGUUUAUACACAAGAAGCUGAAAUGAGACCACUUGGUUGUUGUAUGAUUUUAUUUGGUAUGGAUGAAGAAAAAGGUCCAAUGUUAUAUAAAACUGAUCCAGCUGGAUAUUUUUGUGGAUUUCGUGCAACAAGUGCUGGUGUAAAACAAACUGAAGCAAAUAAUUUCUUAGAAAAACGUAUGAAGAAAAAAUCUGAUUUAACCUAUGAUGAAUCUAUUGAAUUAGCUAUUUCAACAUUAGCUAAUGUUCUUUCAACUGAUUUAAAACCAAAUGAAAUCGAAAUCAGUGUUGUUACUAAAGAUAAUGAUAAAGUUCGAAUAUUACCUGAGAGUGAAAUUGAACAACAUUUAACACGAAUUGCUGAAAAAGAAUAG